AUGUUGUUGUUGCAACUGCGUUGUAGACAAAAUCAUGCUAACAGUGGACUUUGCUUAGCUGUUGUAUUUAUUCUUAGUAAAUCAGUAAUAUCAACGGCUAUACUCUACAUCAUCAAUGCCUUCUUCAAAACAGUAUUUAGUGAUUGGUAUCGUGAACCAACUUCUCAGAUAGAAACUGAGGCGUUAAAAGAAAACCGCGAGCUACUUGAACAGGCAGAGAAAAACAUGAAUCAGAAAGGUAAUCGUAGUACUUGCGGCAAUGCAGCAGCUGGGCUUAUCGUCCUCCCUACUCGUCUAAAUGCAACCACUUCUCAAACAAGUCUAACAAGCGGGACAACACAAAGUGGUAGCAUUAAUGGUGAAAACACGAUACCUCAGCAGUCUAUUCCAAAUCACCUCGUAUCUAGUCAAAAACAGGAUGCAUUUAGUUCUCAAAGUAAAAACAAUGCGGAUCCAUUUGCUGCUUUUACACCGUCGAAUUUUUCAUCGGCUCCAAACUUUACUGUUGCAAAAACAGACCUCUUCGCUAACUUCUCUCCCAAAGUCCCAGCUUCUACCAAUAGUAAUGUAACAACGCAGCUGUUUCCCAAUGUAAAUUCGACAUCUAGUAGUAUGUUUUCAAAUUCAUCCAUAAAUACAGCUACGAAUUUAUAUGGUUCAAAUAGUGGUGAUAAGUAUGCUGCACUUGCGGAACUGGACGGACUAUUCAAAAGUACUGGAAUAAAAACAUCUAAUUCGGAUAGUCUAGAAAAACAGAUCGAUGACAACAUUGUAACCAAAGCCAACAUUUCCAUUGUAAAUGCUAGUCAGUGGGUCACCUCAUUUACACCUCAGAUUUCCUAUCCCAACAUUCCUGUUGUCGGUACACAUGGAUGGCCUACGAGUACACCUUUCCAAGACAAUGCCCAAUCACUUAAUCCUUUUCUCAGUUCAGCUUCUGGUGUUCAGAAUCCUGGAGUUUUAAUCGAUUCCCCAAUCCAUUUGCAAUUUCCUGAACCUGUAAGUUUGGCAAAUCCAGAAAGUAGAAAUCCUUUCCUUUCUAAUCCUCCACAAUCAUUCACUAUGAAUCCAUUUUCCGGUUCAACAAACUCUACUUCCAUCUCUUAUCCACAGUCAGCCACAAAUUCUUUCUCACCGGUUAUACAUCCAGUCAGUAGUUUUCCUGCAAAAAUGAACAAUCCUAUGAAUGGAAUAGUCGGACAACUAGGAACUACUGGAUUUCUUGAUAAUAAUGGUGAUGCUGAUCGUUCACAAAUGUCCAGCUUCAAUCCUUUCUGA